UCCAUAAAAACACAUAAAAGAGCGCUCUCUCUCUCUUCUCUCUCUGCACAAAGGGAAAUGUCCACCAUCUUCUGGAAGAACAUCUACCUUUGCUUCUCAAAGCUCAAAUGUACACCAGAAGCUCUACCCCCACCCUCACCCUCAAAACAAGAAGAUCAUGACCGUCCAUCACCCAUCCAUUUCACCACAUCAACCCUAAUCAAGAACUUCAAUUCCCUCUAUGAUCUCACAUCUGACUCCACCUCCAAGUCCCUCACCUCCUCCGCCGACGACUUCCUCUCCUCUUCCGACGACUCCGACACCGAAUCCCCUCCUGACUUCGCCACCGUCUUCGCCUCCCAACGCUUCUUCUUCUCCUCCCCCGGCCGCUCCAAGUCCAUCUUCGAGUCCCCGGACCAGUCCCCACCCGAAGAACAACAUGACGCACUCGUCACCGGAGGCGUCGCCAUUCAGACGUACUCGCCGGACCCAUUUUCCGAUUUCAGAAGAUCAAUGCAGGAGAUGAUCGAAGCACGCGAAUUGUUCGACGUAAAUGCCAAUUGGGAAUACCUCCAUGAGCUUCUCUUAUGUUACCUUACUUUAAACGCUGAACACACCCACAAGUUCAUUAUCGGCGCUUUCGCGGAUCUCAUCAUCUCUCUUUUGUCGUCGACAGAUAAUGACAGUCGCCGGAAACCCAAAAGCUGCCAUGGAUGCUCUGUUUGAGAAUCUUAAAUCUUGUAAUUUUUGAGUUUUUCAUGGAAUGGUAGUUUGUCUUUGCAUUGUGAGAGAAAAGUGUUUCUUUCAUGAAGACAAAAGAAAAAUUGUAUUGUAAGCACAAGCGUGGGAUGUUAAUGCCUCGGUGCAUGUAGUUUUUCUAACGUGUUAUGUGUAAAAUGUGGUGUUAGUAAAGAAUUAUUUUCUUUGUUGGAUUU